GAUUAUGCCCCCACCAUUCAAGAUAACUCAACCCUAUUCGUCCCAUCAUUUCUCCACCAUUCCCUUUCCCUCCCUGCAAACAAACAUUAAACUUGAAAACCCCCCCAACAAAAUUCCCCAAUUUUAUCAAUAACAUGACCUCUGGACUUGUUCUCACAACAACUCAUCUACCCUUCAAUUCUAAUGCAGAUAAGUUUCCCCAAUUCUACGCGACUUGUUCGUCUCCAAGAUUUCGAAUUCUUUGUUCAUCAUCAGGUCCAGAGCUAACCCUACCCACUGGGACAAUUGGAAAUGAUGGUUUGGUGACGGGUGGUGCCUACGAUUUCAGUAAAGCAACAACUUCCGUUACACACAAGUUACUGUCGGCCCCGAAGCAAGUCACUCUAGUAAGGCAUGGCUUAAGCACUUGGAAUGAUGAAAGCAGGGUUCAGGGAAGCUCAAACUCGUCCAUCUUAACAGAAACUGGAAUCAUGCAAGCAGAAAGAUGCAAGAAAGCUUUGGUAGACAUACACUUUGAUCAAUGUUUCUCGAGUCCAAUUUCACGAGCCAAGUCGACUGCUGAAAUCAUGUGGGCAGGGAGGGAAGAGUCCUUGAUCUUUCUUGAUACCCUGAAGGAAGCACAUCUAUUCUACCUUGAAGGCAUGAAAAAUAAGGACGCUAGGCGAAUAUAUCCAAAGGAGUACACAAAGUGGAGAGGAGAUCCGUCGAAUUUCCAUGUAAAUGGCAUCUAUCCCAUUCGGCAACUAUGGGACACUGCAAGCAUCGCUUGGAAGGAAAUCUUGUUCACACCUGGGGAGAAUUUUCUUGUUGUGACCCACAAAUCAAUGUUACGGGCGCUAAUUUGCGCUGCUCUUGGACUAAGCCCAGAGAGGUUUCGGGCGUUUGAUGUGAAUAAUGGGGGAAUAUCGGUGUUUAAAUUCAACAAGCAAGGGGAAGCCAUGCUUCAGUCUUUGAACAUGACGGCUCAUAUGUACACGGACCACACGUAUCUUUAUUGAACACGAUCUUUUAUAUCUAUGAAUACGAGCUAUAGAUUGAAGCCAUCAAGAAGAAGUGCUCGAGAUACCGAUGAUUGUGCUUGUAUCUAAUCCUUAUGAGAUUCUAGUCGAGUCGAGUCGAGUCGAAUGGGUAAAUUGUUUAGGGCCCUUAAAAUAUAGGAUCGAAUUCAUUUCAUUCCUUGGUAAUAAAACUAUAUCCACAAACC